CCGCUUGAUAGGGGUCGUUCCGAUGGCACGGCCUUGUGCGACGAGUCGAGAUAAAAGCACAACAGCCUCACAUCAUCAACACCUGAGGUUGCGGCGAGGUUCGACACCCAUCACUGUUUCUUGGGCCAGUAGACGUCGGUCAGUACACCCAAUACUCCUCCAAGCAGAUCAGCCAUGUCUGCCGUUCCGACACCACUUCUUGAGCACGUCGCAUCCCUCAACGCGCUGCCUCCUACUCCGAAAGGCGCCGGGUUCUUCAGCGUUCCCGACUCAGCCAUCUGCAAGAAGUCAGAGACUUUUGUUGGAGAAUAUCUUCCAGCCUGGAUCGGCAACCACGCCUUCCUCACCUACGCAUUCACGCUCGCCAUUGCGAACCAUGCAGGCUGGGAUCGAAGCGUGAGGGCCCGCGAACUGGGUUUCGACAGGGAGUUGAUCUUCCUCGCAUGGGCCCUCCACGAGAUGGGAUUUGAUAUAAAGGACGGGCUAAAGAGUCGCAUGUCGCUCGAGCUCUGGGGCGGCAUCAUGGCGCGAGAAUGGAUUCUGGCACAGGAGUGGACUUUGUCGCGGCGGGAAGAUCGCCGGAACUGCCUCUCGGGUGGGCGGACGAGGCAUGCGAGUCCAUUGCUCGACACACGAUCGAGUUCAGGGACUUCAGCUCGCGCUGCAGGCUAACCCUUGCGCUUAUCGUGCUCGGCGCUGGGCACGAUCUCCUGGGGCUCAGCAAGGCCUUUGUCCACGAAGAUGACGUGAAGGCCAUCUGUGACAAGUGACCUCGCAGGGGCUAUUGCGCCGGGUUGAGCGGGCACUCCAAGU